AUGCCAGAGUCAUCUGGGAGAACAAAGGGGAAGUUAAAUUGGAGCAAAUUGUAUACCUUUUCAUGCUUCCGACCCAAUUCGGCCGAUGAUGACCGUGCUCAGCAGCGCCUCGGUCAGCCAGGAUUCUCUCGGGUGGUAUUCUGUAAUGAAUCUCAGCUACACAAGAUCAAACCACAUAAGUACCCCAAAAACUAUGUAUCCACUACUAAGUACAAUUUUGUUACUUUUCUUCCUAAAGCACUAUUUGAGCAAUUCCGCAGGAUUGCAAAUCUUUAUUUUCUUUUAGCAGCAGUGUUGUCUGUCUUUCGGUUGGCCCCAUUUUCCGAGGUAAGCUUGAUUGCUCCCUUGGUAUUUGUUGUCGGGAUUAGCAUGCUUAAAGAGGCAGUGGAGGACUGGAGAAGGUUUUUGCAGGAUCUGAACGUAAAUUCUCGAACAGUAAAGGUUCAUGUAGGUAAUGGUUUAUUCGUGGAAAAAGCAUGGAAAUUGCUUUGUGUGGGAGAUGUUGUCAAAGUUAGUAAGAAUGAAUAUUUUCCAAGCGAUCUUCUAUUGUUAUCUUCUGGCUAUGAGGAUGGAAUUUGUUACGUAGAGACCAUGAACCUUGAUGGAGAAACCAAUUUGAAAGUUAAGAGAUGCUUAGAGGCCACACUUGGUCUGAAUGAGGAUGCAGAGUUCAGUAAAUUCAAUGCCACAAUACGCUGUGAGGACCCAAAUCCCAGCCUUUACACUUUUGUGGGGAAUUUGGAGUUCCAAAAUGAGUCAUAUCCUUUGUGCCCAGCUCAAUUGCUUCUAAGAGACUCAAAACUUAGAAACACUGAUUACAUUUAUGGAGUUGUGAUCUUUAGUGGACCUGAUACAAAAGUGAUAAGGAAUUCCACAAGAUCACCAUCUAAGCGUAGCCGGAUAGAAAGAAAGAUGGACUAUGUAAUUUUUGUUCUCUUCUCUAUGUUGGUUUUGCUUUCAUUAGUAACCUCCAUUGGGGCUGCAUGUUUCACAAAAUCUGAAAUAAAAAAGUUGUGGUACCUUCGUUUGGAGGAAGAAGAUGAUUCAUUGUUCAAUCCAUCCGACCUUGUUUACUCAGGGUUUCUUCAAUUUAUAAGGGCCCUCAUAUUGUAUGGUUACUUGAUUCCAAUUUCUCUCUAUGUAUCCAUUGAAGUUGUCAAAGUUCUACAAGCCAUGCUCAUUGACAAGGAUAUAGAACUGUAUGAUGAUGUAACAUGCAAAUCAGUCAUAGCUCGUACUUCAAACUUAAACGAGGAACUCGGUCAGGUAGAAAUGAUUCUGUCAGACAAGACAGGGACAUUGACUUGUAAUCAGAUGGAGUUCAGGAAAUGUUCAAUUGAAGGGAUUUCAUACGGGGGUGAGAUAACUGAAGUUGAUCUUGCAGUUUCUAAACGGAUGAAUAUUGAUGUUGAGAAAUACCGGUUUAGUUUUGAUGGGUCAGAUUCCACUCCUAGAAGCUUUGAAAUGUUGGAGUCUACUGUUGCUGAGGCUGGCUUAGAAAAGGCUGUUCCAGGUUGCAAACAAGCUGUUGAAAAUUUAGGUACAGGAAAUUCAAAAGUUUCUAUUUCCGAGAAAGAAGCUGUUAUAAAGGGUUUCAACUUCAGGGACGAUAGGCUCAUGAACAAACAUUGGAUGCAUAGAUCUAAUUUAACUGACAUGACAAUGUUCUUCAGAGUUAUGGCUCUGUGUCAUACAGGCAUACCAGUUGGAGAUGAUCAAACUGAUAAACUGAAGUAUGAGGCAGAGUCUCCUGAGGAAGCAGCCUUCUUGAUUGCUUCACAAGAGUUUGGAUUCAAGUUUUACCGGAGGACUCAGUCUGUAAUGCUUCUUAAAGAGCUUGACCCAUCUUCUGGAUUGGAGGUAGAGAGGGAAUAUAAACUUCUAAAUCUGUUAGAGUACUGUAGCACCAGGAAGAGGAUGUCUGUCAUAGUAAGCGAUGAAGAUGGUCAGAUCUUUCUCCUUUGCAAGGGCGCUGACAACAUUAUCUUUGAUAGGCUUGCAGAUAAUGGUAGGACAUAUCAACUGGCAACAAGUAUGCACCUUUCAAACUAUGCAGAAGAUGGCUUGCGCACUAUGGCAUUUGCAUAUCGAAUAAUUGAGGCAACUGAGUAUGAACAAUGGAACUCAAUAUUUACAAAAGCUAAGGCUACAAUAGGUCCUCAAAGAGAAGAAUUACUAAUGAGUGCCUCUGAAAUGAUUGAGAAAGACUUGAUUCUGCUUGGAGCUGUAGCAGUUGAAGACAAAUUACAGAAAGGGGUUCCUGAGUGCAUAGAUAAACUAGCUCAAGCAGGACUGAAGAUAUGGCUGCUCACUGGUGACAAGAAGGAGACUGCAGUUAAUGUUGGAUUUGCUUGCAGUUUACUUCGGCGCGAUAUGAGACAAUUUCAUUUGAAUUUGAGCGAAGAAGGUGAAUCUUACAAUCAAGUGAAGGCCAUGAAAGAAGACAUUUUACGUCAGAUUGAAAGUUCUUAUCAAGUGAUCUGUGGAGAAGGCAACAAGGAUUCUCCUUUUUCUUUGGUCGUAGAUGGGAGAGCUCUUGAAAUUGCUUUGAGAGGUGACGUAAAGGAUCAGUUCUUACGAUUGGCAGUUCAUUGUGCUUCUGUCAUAUGCUGUCGUGUGUCUCCGAAACAGAAAGCCUUGAUUACUCGAUUGGUUAAGGAAUACACUGGCAAGACCACCUUGGCAAUCGGUGACGGGGCAAAUGAUGCAGCCAUGGCAAGCGACUUUUCAUUGCCUCAAUUUCGUUUCCUGGAACGGUUACUUAUAGUUCAUGGGCAUUGGUGUUACAAAAGAAUCUCCAAGAUGAUUCUCUACUUUGUGUACAAGAACAUAGCUUUUGGCCUUACUCUGUUCUACUACGAAGUAUACACAAAUUUCUCUGGAAAUGCUUUAUAUGAUGAUUGGUAUAUGGUAACGUUCAAUGUCAUCUUGACGUCCUUGCCAGUUAUAGCAUUGGGAGUCCUUGAGCAGGAUGUUUCAUCAGAUGUCUGCCUGCAGUUUCCGGCCCUUUAUCAACAAGGACAAAAGAAUGUCAACUUCAGCUGGAAUCGCAUUGUUGGUUGGAUAUUGAAUGGCAUGUUGGCUUCUGUAGCCAUCUUCAUGAUAAACAUCUAUGUACUUUCCCCAGAUGCUUUCCGAGAAGAUGGGGAGGUGGCAGACGUUGCACAUAUCGGUGCCAUUAUAUAUACAUGCGUAAUCUGGACUGUCAACUGUCAAAUUGCUCUUAUCAUCAACCACUUCACUUGGAUUCACCAUUUCUUCAUCUGGGGAAGCAUCUUAUGCUGGUACGUCUUCUUGCUGCUCUAUGGUGCACUCCCUCCCAUACAUUCACACGGCGGAUUUCACCUCCUCACUGAAGCCCUUGGGCCUGCGCCAAAGUAUUGGAUUGUUACAUUGCUUGUGAUAAUUGUUUCUCUCUCCCCACACUUCAUACACAUUGUUAUUCAACGGUCGUUCUAUCCCAUGGAUGAUCAUGUGAUCCAAGAAAUGAAGUAUUGUAAGAAAGACAUUACGGAGAAACCUAUGUGGCUGAGGGAACAACAAAACUCCAAGAAGACAACUCACAUUGGGUUAUCUGCAAGAGUUGAUGCUAAGAUCCAUCAUUGGAAAGAACAGUUAUAUCGAAAGAGGAAAUCCAUAUAUAAAUCAGUGACAGGCAGUCCAUUUUUUUAAGAAGAAAACUUGUAUUAUUGCCUUAUUCUCUUGAAGGUUCUAUUGUGAAGAAAAGGUGUAAUUAUAAUUUAAUUUUUUUCGAUUUGAUUUUUCUAGAAAGGUAUUAUUACUUUCAACCAUGUAUUCCCAUUGAGAUUUACUCCAUGAAUUCUA